CUUCCCCAAACAGCAGCAACAUUGCUAUGGACAAAGGCGAUCUCGCCUCCGACUCUUGUUCAGAUAUGAGGAAGAAACUAGAGUUGGACGAAUCUGUGGUCGAUGAAAAGGAGGUGGUGGAUGAGAAAACAUUUCAUAAUGCUAUGGCUAGGUGGUUCAUUUCUGAUGGGAUUAGUCCUAAUAUCAUUACGAGACCCUCCUGUGCAAAAUUUAUCUACUGCCUGAGCCCGAAUUUUCCUCCUAGUGUUUCUCAAGUCAACAAGGAGAUUCUUGAGAUACACGAAGAAUAUAAAGAGAAAGCUAAGAAAUUUCUCAAGGGUUUUCAAGGCCAGUUAACUCUCUCUUAUGAAUGGAUGGUUCUUCGCGAUGAAUGGACCAGGGAUUACGUUAAAGGUCCUGUUUUGCAUGAGGAUUUCGUCUGUUUGACUGCUCAUUUCGUCGAUGAUAACUGGAAGAUGAAGAAAUGGAUCUUGGGCUACACUACUGACAAGAAAGUACCUAUUGAAGAUGUUAAUAUUUACCCUUUUAGGGAUGCUGUUCAGGAUUUCGAGAUUGAGAGCAAAGUCUCUACUCUUCUACUGCCUGUCGAUUUGGAUUUUGAUGAAGAAACUUUAGAACCUUUCAGGAAAUGGAUAGAAGAGAGAGGGAAUAAUCCGAUCAAUCCACGGGUUUCCCUACUCUAUUGUUGCACUGAUCUUUUCCGGUUAAUGGUUGAUGAUGUGUUUGAUGACUUAAGCGGGUCGCUACUAGAGGAUGUGCGUAUGUUGGUUGGAUGGGGAAGAUUGUCACCUACUAAUUGGAACAUCAGUUUGUCUAAUCUGCAACGAGCUGUAGAUAUGAAGAAUGACGAUGAAUUCUCAAAGGACGAGGAUUAUGAUGAUUAUGACAAACCAUCUGAUGAAGAUUGGAUUAAAAUUCAAACGUUUUGCAAACUCGCUGGUUGCAUCUACAAGGUGACAAAGGAGCUUUUCGAGGGAGAGUAUCCAACUUCUAACGUCUUCUUCCACCUACUUGCUGAGUUGAAGGUAAUGUUGAACCAAGAGCUCGCGAGUGUUAACAAUGAUUACUUCAUCGGCACAGCUAAGCAGAUAUUGAAGAGGUUUGAUAGGUACUGGAACAAUAUGUUUCUGGUUUUGGCAACCGCUUCUGUAUUAGAUCCUCGGUUCAAGAUGAAGUAUCUUGAGUUUUACUGCUCAAAGAAGGAAGUCAAUGUUGAAGGUUCAAAAUCUGAAACUGUUUUGGACUAUUUACGCAAUCAAUGUGCUCGCUAUGCAGCUAUCGAAAUCUAUCAAAAACCAAUAUGCCCGGUUGCUACAAUUGAGACUGACUCCGAAAAAGAACACGAUGAUGAAGGAGAAGAAGAUGAUGAUGAUGAAUAUGAUGAUGAAGGAGAAGAAGAUGAUGAGGAUGAAUAUGAUGAUGAAGGAGAAGAAGAACAAUAUGACAAUGAAGUAAAAGAAGAACAGAAGGACAAGGAAGAAAAGAAGCCUGAUGCAUACGAGGAGUUUGUUUUGUUUCAAGAAUACCUCACGUUUGAAGGAUUUCCAAGAGAGCAUCAUGAAUCAGAGCUUGAUGUCUACCUCAGAGAACCGGUUAUGGAGUGGAACAAAGACUUCAAAGCAUUGGAAUGGUGGAAAGAAGAGAGCCAAAAGUAUCCAAUCCUCUCCCGAGUAGCUCGUGACAUUCUCUCCAUUCCAAUCUCACGUGCCACGUUGUGGGAUGCUUAUGUUACGGACAAAAGAGAGCCUCCUGAGUUUGUUCUCUCUUUGGAACCCAAGAUCACUAACGCCAUGAUGUGCACCAAAGAUUGAAGAGCAAAAUCGAUGCUUUUGAGUCAAAACAUGGUCGCUGAUUCUGCUGAGAUCAGUGUUAUCGAUGUCAAGUCUCAUAUCUCCGUUGGGAAAGAUCCUAGUAACUUUCAGAUUGCCGAAAUUCGAAUUCAUGAUUCAAUUUGUAUUGAGAUUCCGAGCUCUGAAGAAACGCCUCUUUUAGGAUCGGUCAAGAGUUGUUCUGCAGCUGCAACGAUUGUUGAAGAGCCUGUUACUGAGUUUGUCCCAAAUAUAAGCUCUGGGAGUUAUGCGGAUAAGGGUGACUACCGGGAGUACAUGGAAGAUGAACACAUAUGCAUAGACGACCUUUCAGAUCAUCUUGGGUCUUCCUUCUAUAGAUUUCCGGUGCCUAUCGCUUUCUACGGUGUGUUUGAUGGCCAUGGUGGAUCUGAGGCAUCACAGUAUAUAAAAGAGAAUGCAAUGAGAUUGUUUUUUGAAGAUGCUGUUUUUCGAGAAUCGCCCUCCGUUGUGGACUCUCGUUUCUUGAAAGAACUGGAAAAAUCUCACCGGGAAGCUUAUAGGCUUGCUGAUCUCGCCAUGGAUGAUGAAAGAAUAGUUAGUAGUUCGUGCGGAACAACCGCAUUGACCGCUCUUGUAAUCGGAAGACAUUUAAUGGUCGCUAAUGCUGGCGAUUGUCGUGCAGUGCUCUGCAGGAAAGGAAAGGCUGUUGAUAUGUCAUUUGAUCACAAAUCUACAUUUGAGCCAGAACGGAGACGGGUAGAGGAUUUAGGAGGGUACUUUGAAGGAGAGUAUCUCUACGGUGACCUUGCUGUUACAAGAGCUCUUGGAGACUGGUCAAUAAAGAGGUUUUCACCUCUUGGUGGAUCUUUCUCACCUCUGAUCUCAGACCCGGACAUUCAACAGAUGAUUCUAACCGAGGAAGACGAAUUCUUGAUUAUGGGAUGUGACGGUGUUUGGGAUGUGAUGACAAGUCAGUAUGCUGUUACUUUCGUCAGGCAAGGACUCAGGAGACACGGUGACCCAAGAAGGUGCGCUAUGGAACUUGGAAGGGAAGCGUUGAGGCUAGACUCAUCAGAUAACGUUACAGUGGUGGUCAUCUGCUUCUCAUCAUCCCCAGCUCCUCAGAGAAGAAGAAUACGGUUCUGUGUUUCCGAUGAAGCCCGAGCCCGGUUACAGACAAUGCUAGAAGGCUAACUGAUGAAGGUUUUUGAGCUGUCUUGAGGAGGGGACAAUGUAUAUAUUAUAGCUACAGAGAUGGGUUUUGAGAUAACCCUCCCAAGGCCAAAUUAUUUGAUGACAUUAUUACAUCUCUCUGAUAUCGGAUGAAAUAAAAGGAAGGCAAAAAGAGAAGAUGAAGGACUUCUCUAUGUUGUUAAACUGUUCAUAAGUGUUGUAGCCAUUUUGAUCUGUUUGUUUGGCUAUUUAUUCUGUAGGAUUAUUGAGCACUUAUGUACAAAAACUGAUAAAGAUCUAAGGAAUUC